AUGUGUGGUCUCCCAUUCUUCGCGCGUAGAUUCUGUUAAUGCGCUCUUCGGAACGGGGAAGGGGUCCCGCGCGCCGCCCGUUCGGAGUUUCUGAACAGCAGUGAUGGCUAAGAGAAAAGAGGGAGGUUUUUCGUCACCAGGGUCCCAUAAAAGACCUAGACAAGAAUUCCGAGAAGACUCUGAUGAUGACACCAAUGAAGAGGACUUUUCGCAAAUGACAAAUGAUAGCAGUUCUAAUUCACAGUUGGCAUCAGGAGAAGUCGGAAUAAUUGAAAGUAUCCAGCUGAAGAACUUCAUGUGCCAUGCAAUGCUGGGUCCAUUCAAGUUUGGCUCCAAUGUGAAUUUUAUUGUUGGAAACAAUGGGAGUGGGAAGAGUGCUGUGUUAACUGCCCUUAUUGUAGGGCUUGGUGGAAAAGCUAUAGUGACAAACCGAGGAUCGUCUUUAAAAGUGUUUGUUAAAGAUGGGCAAAAUUCUGCAGAUGUUUCAAUAACUCUGCGAAACAGAGGCGAAGAUGCAUUUAAACCAGAAUUGUAUGGUGACACAAUUACCGUAAAUCAGCACAUAAGCUUGGAAGGACAUCGUAGUUACAAACUGAAAAGCAGCACAGGUGCAUUAAUUUCUUCUAAGAAGGAAGAACUUACUGCAAUUCUGGAUCACUUUAACAUCCAGGUGGAUAAUCCUGUGUCUGUACUUACCCAGGAGAUGAGUAAACAGUUUCUGCAAUCGAAAAACGAAGGCGACAAGUACAAGUUUUUUAUGAAAGCUACGCAGUUGGAGCAGAUGAAGGAAGACUAUUCAUACAUCAUGGAAACCAAAACGAGAACACGUGAUCAGGUGGAACAAGGAGAAGAGUUUCUUGAAGAGCUUAGGAAACAGUAUUCGGAGAAAGGAGAACGUUAUAAAAAUAUGGCUAACGUGAGUCAAAUGGAAAAUAGGCUGAAGGAGCUGGGGCAUCAGAUCGCUUGGGCAAUGGUGAGAGAAAGAGAAAGUGAAAUAAAACCAAUCACAGACAGAAUUGGCGUUCAGGAUGCAAGCACUGAAAAAUUUGUUCAGAAAGUGGAAGAAUGGCAGGUUAAAGUAAAUGAAGCGGAACGAAAGCAUAAAGGUAUGCAAGAAAAUCUUGACAAGAUCUUGGAAGAAGCUGAGACAUUACAGCCAACAUGUGCUACUUUGAAAACGGACGUGCAGAAAAAAAGAAAAGCAUACAAUGAUACUGAGGCUGCAUAUAAUAGGUGCCAGGCUGAAAUGAAACGCUUGAUAAGAGACCAUGAGCAACUCUGCAAACGAAUUGAAGAACUAAAAAGCAGUGCUCACCAGAUGUCGGCGCCUGAAGAGUUGGAAAGACAAAGAAAAACUGAGCAAUUGAAAGAGAAGUUGAAGUCAUUUCGUGAUCAAGAUGAAUUACUUAGUCAAGAAAUGGACCGGUAUCAGCGUGAUGUGCAUACAUACAGAGAAGAGUUAGCUGGACUUGAGAAGGAAGAACGUGAACUGAUGGCAGCCUUGAGUUUUCAGCAAAAACAGCUGAGAGACUUGAAGGAGAGUAAGACCAACAGGCUGAAAAGAUUUGGGCAACAUAUGCCAGUCCUUUGUGAGGCAAUUGAAAGGGCUUGUCAGCAGGGGAAGUUUAAAUACAAACCAAUCGGACCCCUAGGUGCUUUUAUUCAUCUGAAAGAUGCUGAACUUGCUCUGGCUGUUGAGGCGUGUUUGAAAGGCUUGGUUUGGGCAUUUUGCUGUGAUAAUCAUAGCGAUGAAAGAAUAUUACAGACAUUGAUGUCAGAGUUCUGUCCACCUGGCUCUCGACCUCAAAUCAUUGUUAGUACUUUUCGGAAUAAUAUUUAUGAUGUAAGGCAAAAAGCAGUUGAUCAUCCUGACUACCCUUCAGUGUUGACAGCACUAGAGUUUGAUAAUGCUGUGGUUGCCAACUGUUUGAUUGACAUGCGGGGUAUAGAAACAAUCCUUCUAAUCAAAAAUAAUGUGAAAGCUCGUGAACUAAUGGUGAUGCAAAGGCCUCCGAAAAAUUGUAGAGAAGCUUUCACUGCUGAUGGGGAUCAGGUGUUUUACAAUCGCUAUUAUUCUUCUGAUUAUACCAGGCCCAGGUUCCUCAGUAGAGAUGUAGAAGCAGAUAUAAGUCACUUGGAGAAAGAAGUUGAAUUAAAAAAAGGUCAGCUUUCUUCUUGUCAACAACGAAUAUGUUCUAUUAAGGAUGAGAUAAGAACAAAUCAACACCACCUUAAUAGUCACCAACAGCAUCAAAAACAAAUACAGGUAGCAAUGAGAAAAACAAGUCAAGAAAUUACAGAUCUUGAAAACAUAGAAGAACAACAAUCAGGCAUCAUAUCUGCCUUGGAAACUGAAGUUGAAGAGGUCAAGAAGAAGACGGAAACUGUUAAGGAGGAUAUUCUUCAGCGGAAGAAGAAAAUGGAGGAAGGGAAACAUAGUCUACAUGAAGCAGAAGAUAAAUUAGCAGCAAUUAAAGACAAAAUUCAUCAAGUAGAAGAAGAAGCAGGCCCAGUCAAGGAUGGACUCAGUCAAGCAGAUGACGCAUUGGAAAACAGUAAAAAUCACUUGCGGCACUAUGAAGGAAAAAAGAAAGAGCAUUUGGAAUCCAUGAAAAAACUUAAAAAUCAUCUAGCUGCAAAAGAGAGAGAAUUAAUGGAAAUGAUUGCAAAGGCUUCCGAAAUCCACCCAGAGAGACUAGAAGUAAACAGAACUGUUAAGAGUCUUGAUACAGAAAUGGAUCACUUAAGAGAGGAGAUAAAUUCAGAAAGAGAGCGUACUGGAGAUAGAGAAGAAAUAAUAAGGCAAUUUCAGGAGGCAAAAGAAAAAUAUCACAGCGCAGAGGGUGAAGUCAAGAACUUGAAGAAAUUCAUUAAACUAUUGGCUGAAGUGAUGGAUCAGAGAUACAACACAUUUAUACAAUUUAGAAGGUUCCUAACUAUGCGGUGCAAAUACUACUUUAAUUCUUUGUUAAGUCAGAGGUCAUUUUCUGGAAAAAUUGAGUUUGACCACAAAAAUGAAAAACUCUCAAUUACAGUUCAACCUGGAGAGGGAAACAAGGCCGCUCUAGAUGACAUGAAGUCUUUAUCGGGGGGUGAACGUUCCUUCUCUACUGUGUGCUUCAUCCUUUCCCUGUGGUCAAUUGCUGAAUCUCCUUUCAGAUGUUUGGAUGAAUUUGAUGUCUUUAUGGAUAUGAUUAACAGAAGAAUUGCAAUGGACAUGAUGCUUAAGAUGGCAGAUUCUCAACGUUAUCGUCAAUUUAUUUUGCUCACGCCACAGAAUAUGAGUUCCUUGCCUACCAGUCGCUUUAUUCGCAUCCUCCGAAUGCAAGACCCCGAGAGAGGACAAAACACACUGAAUUUCCGUCCUAGAGGUGAAGAAGAUGAAGAUGAAGAAUGAGUACCUUAAUUGUGUACUGCACAUAAUUGUCAACUUAACACAUGUUCAAAGUUUUGCACUAGUGCAGCUGUUUUGUUUGUAAAAAGAAAUGAACAGAAAUUUAUUAUUCGUGGAAGCAAGAGACAUGCUGCUUUUAUUGUUCCAAAGGUAUUACAAAAUACCAGAUAGUAGACAAUAAAU